AUGUCCGCCGAGGAGCAAGUCCAACUACCAGAUUUCCCCUCCAUCUUCUCCCUGGAGGGCAAAGUCGCCGUUGUAACCGGCGGAUCCCGCGGCCUUGGGCUCUACGCUGCGAGCGGCCUGCUCCAAGCCGGCUGCUCAAAAGUCUAUAUCACCUCGCGCAAAAAGUCCGCCUGCGACUCCGCCGCCGCAGCCCUAAACGCCCUGCCGAACCUCCGCCCCGGCGCGCAAGCAAUCUCCGUCCCCGCCGACUCCUCAAAGGUCUCCGAGAUCGAGCGGUUGGUGUCCGAAGUCUCCAAGACAACAGACCACAUCGACAUCCUCUUCGCCAACGCCGGCGCAACAUGGGGCGAGGAAUUCGCCAAGUUCCCGGAGUCCGCAUUCACCAAGGUCCUCGACCUCAACGUCAAGAGCGUCUUCUUCACGAUCCAGAAGUUCUUCCCGCUCCUCUCUGCGCAGGCUAGCAUUGAGAAUAAGUCCCGUGUUAUUAUCACAGGCUCUGUGGCGGGAAUCACGCUCGGCAGUUUAGGGAAGAACGCGAGUUUCAGCUACAGUGCGUCCAAGGCGGCGGUUCUGCAUAUGACGCGUAAUCUGGCGGUUGAGUUGGGGCCUAGCCAUGUGAACGUCACGGCUAUUGCGCCGGGCUUUUACCCGAGUAAGAUGGCGAACGGGCUGAUUGAGCUUCAGGGGGGGAUGAAGGGAUUGGAAGAGGCGAGUCCGAAUAAGCGGCUUGGGAGGCCUGAGGAUAUUGCGGGGUUGGUGGUGUUUUUGGCGAGUAGGGCUGCGGGGCAUUUGAAUGGGAGUGUUAUCACCACGGAUGGAGGGGCGCAUUUGAAGGGAAGGAUGUAG